CAAAGGGACAGCCAGAGUGUCUGAAGAGGAUCAAUAAGGUGUUGAGAGCAGUCUCCGUCGGCACAGAAAGGGAGAAACAUCAGAGCAGAGGGAAGCUGUGGACAUUCACAAGAUGGUGAAGAUGCAGUGGAGUCUGUUGGUGUUGAUUGUGAUGGGUCAGUGUUCCUCCGUUGGGGGUCAGCUGUAUGAGUACCACUUCAUUGGAAAGAAUAUGACGUGGAAAGCAGCCAAGGAGUAUUGCAGAAAGCACCACACUGAUCUGGCCACAGUGUCUAACCAGGCAGACAUGCAGAGACUCCACAACCCUGCAAAGUUUCAAGCCGGAGCCUGGAUUGGGCUGCAGCGAGAAUGGCGCUGGUCUCAGCCAGGGGUGGAGUUCAACGAGAGCGAGAGUAAAUGGUAUCCAGGAGAGCCGAAUAAUUUAGGCAAUCAUGAGAACUGUGUGUGGAUGAGGAAUGACAAAUGGAAUGACAUCUCUUGUUCUUACAUCUAUGAAUUUAUCUGCUAUGAAGAACACAACAAGACCGGCCAAACAUUUCAUAUCAUUAAAUCUAUGAAAAGAUGGCAAGACGCUCAGAGCUAUUGCAGAGAACAUCACACUGACCUGAUCAGUGGAGUCAAACAGCUAGAAGACUUCAAGACACAGCCAGAAUGA